AUGGAAACCCCGAACUGGGAUCGAGCUGCCAAGAGCAUGUCUCUCGAUGAGCCCGUUUCUGUGAACCCGUGGGAUGCCAAGUCUACGGGUGCCAUUCCUUCCAGCAAACUUGCCCCUCUUUCGCCGUUUGGCAACAUCGGUCUAGGAUCCAGAAUGGACUCGGAUUUCGGCGAUGCCACGGCCACAAAGGCUAGUUCCGUUUAUGCCGGAGCUAUUGUUGAUAAUCUCCCAAUGAGACACAAUGCAACGGCGAUGAGUGAUGCUGGCUCCAGCAGUGCUGCGGAUCCGUUUGGCGAGUCUGCCUUCCGGAAGGAGGUUUUGAGUGCAAUCAGCGCACCUUUGGGCACCGGAUAUAAUGCCAGGACAGAUGCUUCGAAAUCAAGAUUUGCAUCAAAUCUGUUUGCCUCGGCCUCGGUGGCUGGUGCUGGAUACACGUCUGUUGGUGCAGCCAAUAAGAUGGGCUCAGGUGGCCAUUUCCUCGAGAAGUUUGCCUCAGUGGCUGAGAAAACAAGAGAAUUGGAGUUGAGUCUGACCCAGCUCUCUGCAGGAUCCCAAAGAAAGGGUUCUGAGUCUCUUGGAUCCAGAAGAGCCAGUAUCUUCAACAACGACAGCGGAUUGUUGUCUGAAGCCAAUACCGUUUCUUCGCCCUCUCUCAAGGGAGUUCCACUGAAUGGGCGUCGUGAAUCUUUGAGUCAAAAGCUUGAUAAUUACAUGCUUUCGCCGGGUGGACAGCACGAGAGAGCUCUGUCUUUCUCUUCGGAUGUCAAAUCUGAACACAGCUCCUUGAUCAUGGAGUCAGCUGAUGCAAAUUCCAAGAGAAACAUCUGGAACCCAGCAACUGCAAACUCUUUCACUCCAGCAGGCUUUGAAGGCCAAGGUGGUGUUAUUCCUGGUGCCUCCAAUCAAGGUAUGCCAAUGAUGAACAUGCCUCAGAUGUUCAUGUAUCCUCCACCAUAUGGCUUCUAUCCUCAUGUGGGAAACCAAUUCCCGUUCAUCCCUGGAAUGGUGCCUAAUACCCCUGCUCAAGGAUAUGAAAAGGAUGACCAGGGAUCCACUGCCAAGUCUCAAGAGACUGCCGGGUCUAAUGGUGCGAAUCCUGCAUUGCAAGAGCAGCAACCAGCUGCAGAUUCCGUUGCUCCUCCUCCACCUCCUCCCCAAGGUCUCAUGAACAGAGCUAUGUCUCCUCCCUUUAUGAUGCCACCAUUCUCACCUUUCAAUGGAAUUUUCCCUGGGUCCUCUGGGUUUGAAAACGGUCCCGUUCCAGAGAUUCGUGCUUCGUCUUCGUCGCCUGGUGCUCCUCCCGGAGCCCAGCCAAACCGUUUCACUUCAACCUCUCCACCUGCGAAAAACGCAAACGGCAAACGGUCGCCUAAGGCCAACGCCAAUGCAAGAUCUCAGGCUUCUGGUGGUCGUGGUGCCAAAGGUGGACAUAUUCAUCGCAGUCCGUUGUUAGAAGAGUUCAGAAGCAACAGACAGAACAGAGAAUAUUCUCUUAAAGAUAUCUACGGCCACGGGGUUGAGUUUGCCAAAGACCAGCAUGGGUCCAGAUUCAUUCAGCAACAAUUGGAAUCUGCUAGUCUGGAAGAGAAAGAAGUGAUCUUCAACGAAAUCAGGGAGGUUUCCAUGGAACUGAUGACGGAUGUCUUUGGUAACUAUGUGAUUCAAAAGUACUUUGAGCAUGGUUCAGACGUUCAAAAGGAAGUGUUGCUGGAUGCCAUGACUGGUAACAUCCAUCUUCUGUCUAAACAGAUGUACGGAUGUAGAGUUGUUCAAAGAGCCAUUGAGUUUAUCAAAUUGGACCAGCAGAUCAGCAUCACCAAGGAGCUGGAACCACACGUCUUGCCUCUUGUGAAGGAUCAAAAUGGUAAUCACGUCAUUCAAAAGUCCAUCGAGAGUCUGCCAAUUGAGAAAAUUGCCUUUAUCCUGGAGUCUUUGAAACACCAAAUCUACCAUCUCUCCACGCAUCCAUAUGGAUGCCGUGUUAUCCAAAGAUUGCUUGAGUUUGGAACCCACGAAGACCAGAGGUUUAUCCUGAAAGAACUGAGCAACUUUGUCUACUACCUCAUCCAGGACCAGUACGGUAACUACGUGAUCCAACACAUCAUCGAGCACGGCGAACCCCAGGACAGAAAUGCUAUCACUGACGUGGUGAUCUCCAACCUUGUGCUGUUGUCCAAACACAAGUUUGCUUCAAAUGCUGUUGAGAAAUGCAUUGUUUUUGGAGAUGAAGAACACCGCAAGCUCAUCUACACGGAGAUCCUUAGAGAUAAUACCGAAGUCGGCAAGGAUGUCGGCGAUGACUCACCAUUGGCACUCAUGAUGAAGGACCAGUUUGCCAACUACGUUGUUCAAAAAAUGGUUGAAGUGACCAAUGGUGACGACAAAAAGCUGUUGAUCAUCAAGAUCAGACAGUAUCUUAAGCUAAUUUCCAAGACCUCUUUUGGUAAGCAUCUUGCCAGCAUUGAGAAGCUUAUUGCUUUGGCCGAGUCUGUUAUACCAACUUCUGCCUAA